GAACGCUUCUGUGUACACGCUUACACAAAAUUUACGAGUGUGUCUGAUUGUGCUACCGUAUAUUACCUUGUGUUUAAUCCCCCGUUAUAUUUUCAAGACUACAAUAAACAGGACAAUUUAAUUGCACUUUAAUACCCAAAUAUAAUUUUAGCACACCGCAGUGAUGUCACAUAAUUUACUAAUAACAGAUAAGGCAAAAUGUUUAAAGAAUUUAAACGAAGUGGGCUACAAAGUUAAUUUAUGCAGUAGAUUGCGCGCUCUGGAUCGAGUUACUGCCACCGGAUCGUCUCACUAACGAGGUUUGGUGUCUUCACGCUUUUCCAGAAAACUCUUUACCUUGUAAACUUUUCAAUCUGCUCGUUGAUAUUGAUUCUUAUUUCUUAGUGAAUUUACAAACAUUACCGAUACGGUUCUCAAUUGUACGCUAUCCACGAAUGGUUUCUGUCCAACCGGUGCAGCACUUUCCAUAUUUAAUUCGUGUUUUUUUGUUCUCUUCCUUGUGUGUUGACAUAUCGACGUUCGGAUAUGACUCACAUAUGGUAAACUUGCAGAGAAAGUUCGUGUUUUGACCAAAGCAAGAAAAGUGAUAGGUUCACCGGUUCUCGCAAAAUACGAACUACUGCGCACUGCAGUGAAACUUUUUAUGUGGCAUGAUAGUAAAAGUUUAUUGUUCUUGGAAUCACAAAGCGGAUUCAUUGUGCUUUAGCUCGUCUGUGUGCUUUCAUGUUUGUACAGUUUCGUUCGACGGGAAAAUUAACGUUUCAGAAUUUUAUCUUUAACACACAAUAUUGUAACCGAUAGCUACAGUUCAGUGCGUACUCGUUAAACCAGUGAUAACGGGAAUGAUUCGGUUCGAGUGUGUGUGAUAGUGUUGGAUAAAGUGCAAAAUGUUGGUGUCUCCUAUAUCGGCAGCCAACCUGACCAGCCACUCUCUUUCCUCGAUGUUUCGGAGGCGCCGAAACCGCUCACCCGUCACGACUCGACCAGAGAAACAGCUGUCAGCGCUCGCAUCAGGGCCUCCUCCUCCAGCCCCCAUAGUGCCAAGGUCGGCUGAUGGCCCCCGACCACCAGGCUGGAACGGCCAGCCCCGAAGACAUGGCUCCAGCAGGUUCAACGUCCACAAUCACAACCAGGAGCUCGUGAAACUACCACCUAUCAAAGAUGCACCAGCGGCGGAGCGUGAACAGCUGUUCGUUCAGAAGCUGCAGCAAUGCUGUCUUCUCUUCGACUUCGCGGACGAGCCCCUCUCCGACCUCAAAUGGAAGGAGGUCAAAAGGGCAGCACUCCUGGAAAUGGUGGAAUACGUGACGUCACAAAGAGGCGUUAUUACUGAACCUAUAUACCCUGAGGCGGUUAAUAUGUUCGCGAUAAACUUAUUCCGGACUUUACCGCCCUCGUCGAACCCGAACGGUGCGGAGUUCGACCCUGAAGAAGACGAGCCCACGUUAGAAGCGGCCUGGCCACACCUACAACUAGUCUACGAACUGUUCCUAAGGCUACUAGAGUCUCCAGACUUCCAGCCCAACAUCGCCAAGAAGUAUAUCGACCAGAAGUUUGUUUUACAAUUACUAGAACUAUUUGACUCCGAGGAUCCAAGAGAGCGGGACUUCCUAAAGACGACUCUACACAGGAUAUACGGCAAGUUCCUAGUUCUGCGGGCGUACAUACGGAAACAAAUCAAUAAUGUGUUCUAUAGGUUUAUCUACGAGACGGAGCAUCACAACGGUAUCGCGGAGUUGCUGGAGAUCCUUGGCUCCAUCAUCAACGGGUUCGCGUUGCCGCUCAAAGAGGAACACAAACUGUUCUUAUUGAGGGUACUACUACCGCUGCACAAGGCGAAGUCCCUGUCAGUGUACCACCCGCAGCUCGCCUACUGCGUCGUACAGUUCCUGGAGAAGGAUCCCUCGCUCACACAGCCUGUGGUUAGGGCACUACUAAAGUACUGGCCGAAGACUCACUCGCCGAAGGAGGUGAUGUUCCUGAACGAGAUGGAGGAGAUCCUGGACGUGAUCGAGCCGGCCGAGUUCCAGAAGAUCAUGGACCCGCUGUUCAAGCAGCUCGCCAAGUGCGUCUCCAGCCCGCACUUCCAGGUAGCAGAGCGCGCCCUGUACUACUGGAACAACGAGUAUAUAAUGUCCCUGAUAUCGGACAACGCGACCCACAUCCUGCCCAUCAUGUUCCCCUCGCUGUACCGCAACACCAAGAGCCACUGGAACAAGACCAUCCACGGGCUCGUCUACAACGCGCUCAAACUCUUCAUGGAGAUGAACCAGAAACUCUUCGAUGAAUGCACGCAGCAGUACAAGCAGGAGAAACAGAAAGAGCGGGAGCGACUGCAGCAGCGCGAGGAAGUAUGGCAGGCGCUGGAGGCGCGCGCCGCCGCCGCGCCCGCUGCGCCGCGCCCCGCGCCCCCGACCGACAGGGACGACCUCGCCACGCUCACUUACCAGCGGAUCGAACAGGAGGCGCAGGAGCUCAGAAAACAAGGCUACAACGCUAGCAAACCCCUUCUACGCAAGAAGUCCGAGCUCCCGGCGGACUCUACGACAGUGAAAGCGUUGAUUGAGCACAAGCGAGCCGACCCGUACCUGUCCACCCCGCCGGACGUGAACCAAUGCUAGCAACACCGAACCAGCCCGCACACAUACACGAUAGAAAGCUUCACAGCUAACCUCAAUGCAGGUGGAAUACAAAACAUGCCUUAGAACAUUUUCUACAGUACUUUUUUGAAAAAUAAUUUCACCCACCGUGAUACAAAUUGUCAAUGAAGUGAUGCAUUCAGCUAAAGAUUCCACCUCAAAAGCAUUUUGAAAAUUCAAGGUAUGUCAACGGCCUCUCAUGGGAUGUUUACGACAAAUUGUACCUAAUAUUAUGCCAAUACGUGUUUUAAAGUGCCGAACGUUUCGACCGCUGGCAACACCGCGGUCGCCCGAGUGUGCGAGCGAGAGGACGCUAUAUGAGUGACACGAGUGACGCAUUGUGCUCGAUAUUGAUUAGUUAGUACACAUAUAUUAUUACGGUAGUGUCCUUUUGUUGAUGUUUUAUAUCCACUUGGGUCGACAAUCGCGUUUCGAAUCGCGUGAUCAGCGACCAAUCGGAGGCCGUUCGCUUUUGCGUGCUAUCACCUGAUUGGUUGGUUAUCACGCUAUAUAAAAUUGCUACUUAAUGUACUCAAAGCACUGCUGUUAUUGUAUUAUAUUGUAAAAGGAGUUUGUUCGUCGCAUUGUCGACCUUUAUACGAAAGUGAUGCAAAUUGACAUUGUGAGUGGUUGGAAUAGAGUUUUCUUUCUGUGGUCUUUCAUGAACACUUUAACAUUACAUUACUUACCUAUCAAGUUCAAAUACUGAAAGUAAUAAACGUUUCUUAGCUUUGGCUUAGCUAUAUACCCGUCUCUUUUACAUUUGUAGCGAAACAUCUGUAAGACAAAGACAGAUAUAACUAAACCAAGCUACGUGCUAAGCAAACGUUUAUUAAUUCAACCUUUUGUACAGAUUUACAUACAUUUCCUCUAAUUCGGUACGGACGUGUGUUCCUAACAUUUCAUCUUCAAUACGCAUCACAAGGCGACUCGUUUUUGUUACUCGAAAUUUUAUUUAAAUAUUUUUUUAAUUAUAUAACAGGUUUAUAUACCAUUCCACGCGCGAACCACCUACGAAAUGUUUACAAGAACUUCUUAGCCCAAUCGUGUAUUUAAUUUAAAAACUAUUUUUAGAAUAUAAUCAUGUUGUUUAAAGGCCAUAUGGUUUUUUAAAACGAGAGAAUAUCAAAUUGUAAACACCACAAGAGUAUAUGAAAUGAGUCUUAUGGAUAGGUCAGUAGCAUUUGGUAAACUCCCGUCUUAUGUAAAAUCUUUAAUUUAUUGUUUAUUAUAAACCAAAUACAAACACAUGUUUAUAUUAUUGUCUUAUAAUGUUUGACAUAGGUUAUAGAUCUCAUCGAGGUUUACACAAAAUUAUGAACGUGUUAUGUCAAACUAUAGAGUUUUUAUAUGUUAGUCGAACGCAUAACUAAGGCGAGAGUACAUUGCACCAUUAAGGCAAGCGUCCACAGGCCCGUAUCGUACGCAUUCCGUAUGACGUCAUUAGUACGCAUCGCAUGUAGGCAUUGCUGAUGAUGCGGUGCGUACGAUGCGGAUCAUUGGACGCAGUUGUAUGAGUUUCUAUACAAGACAAACUAAAAUCCGUUGCGUGCGAUGCAUACGAUGUGGGCCUGUGGACGCGUACCUUUAAUGACACCGCAUAGAAUAUUGAUCACAUAAAAAUGCGUGUCCUAAUAUUCUCGCCAGCACGGGAACAUAUUCAGCUUAUACCACAAACACUACCUAAUAAGUACGUAACGUAAGUCUCGUUUUAAUAUAAGAUUUGUAAUAAAAACGUAAUGCAACCGUCCCACGGUAAACCUAUUUGAUAAAUGUGGAGUGUGCUGGUCGCUUGUUGCAUUAACUCGCUUGCUACACAUUCGCUAGAUGAAGAAACUUAGAUACACACCCGUAUAAGCUAAAUAUGUUGCCGCCUCGACGUAAACUUAGUUUAUUUAUACAUUAUUAUGCCUAUCUGCCUUUAUGAAUUAUUUUAAUCUUACAACUCGGGGCACCCACGGUGAUUUAUAUCGAUUUAAGUUUUAUUAUUUUGCGUGUAUAGAGUGCCAAAGGAGUUGUGUUGAAGCCAUUACAAGCAGUCGACUUAACAAUGUAUAAUGUAUGUAUAAAAUGUAUUAGAUGAGCUUCGGGAAUGAGAGAGUGGAUGUGAUGAUGAAGAGCACCUAUGUAUGUAGUUAUUUAUUUUUUUAUUUUAACAUAAAUAUCCGUGUUAUUGAGUGACGACUGAAAGAGAAUUAUCAAGAGUUGUACGCCUAGUAUCGGAUACUAUCGACCGUAAAUAGAUUUUGUAACUUUUAUAUUUAUAGUUGUUUGCAAUCGUGUAUAAUGACCUUAAUGUUAAAUGUACAGUUUCGUGUUAUUGGCGUCUGCCACUUUGAAGCCAGUUUGAGGUAAAAGGCUGUUCAGACCUGAUUAUUGUUGCAAAUGCCAUUAUGUACCUCGAAAGCAUUUAGAUCUUGUAGCAACAUUAAAACAGCCAGUUUUAUAAGUGUGAUCUCAUCUUGACAAUCAUAAUCAAGUUUGAAGAUCUCUUUUACUUCAGAUUUCCAUUCGGCUGUAUUUAGUCGAUAGUAUCCCAUACUGUAAUCUACAGUGUACACAGCAAGUGACUGCCGGACAACAAACAAUUUUAAAAUAAGGUGUAGUAUAAAAAUAAACUUAAAUUUAAUGUUAAUAUGGAAUAUUUUGCAAUACGCUUCUGGUAAGCAAACGAGUGCAAUGUUUUGAUAUACAUAUAAUGUCCCGGUCGCUUGCUGUCUGUCUGUGGGUCUGUUCGCGUGACGCAUGAUCGACAUAUGACCUCACUUAGCGAAUUAUUUGCAAAACGCUGUUCAACAAAUUGAUAAAUUUUGUAUAAAUAUUUAUAACGAUAAUGUAACUGUUGAAAACAAAUAUUGUAACAGAUGACAUAUUAUAAGGUGCUUAUGAUUAUCGUUAUAAUACAAAGUUGUGCAUAUAA